ACGCUCUGUCUUGAUGACGUUGUCGGAGGGGCUCUGUCACUGGAGUGCCUGCAGAUUGCGGGGUUUUGGCAUCGCUAGCGGAUCUUCAAGACAGACCGUGUGAGCGCGAGCUUGAAGCAGACGUUUCGGCGUUAACUGGGAAGGUGCUGCGCCUCGGAGCCCCGUUGGAAUCGCUUUUGUAACCCGAACACUUUGCAUGUGCGAUGCUUUUGACUGCAUUAACCCAGUUUGAUUUCAAGGUAAAUGUUGAGGAAACUAUUGAAAUGUUGCCGAAGUCCAGGAAAGCGCUCACCAUUCAAGAGAUUGCUGCUUUGGCCCGGUCAUCCCUCUACGGCAUCUCCCAGGCGGUGAAGGACCACGUGACCAAGCCCACGGCGAUGGCGCAGGGCCGGGUGGCGCACCUGAUCGAGUGGAAGGGCUGGUGCCGGCCCUGCGACUCCGCCGCCGCCCUGGAGUCCCACUUCAGGUCGUACUCCCACCUGAGCGAGGGCGAGCAGGAGGCGCGCUUCGCCGCAGGGGUGGCCGAACAGUUUGCGAUCGCCGAGGCCAAACUCCGGGCGUGGUCGUCCGUGGACGGAGAGGAUUAUGAGGACCUCUGCGACGAAGACGCCAUGCCUUACAGCGACCCCAACCUCACCACGCAGAGCGGAGACUCCUCCCUCUACCCCCAGUGCUCCCACGACCUGUGGCAGGGGCCGGCCUUCCAGCCCGAGGGGCCCCGCCCCUCCGAGGACGGCCCUGCCCCUUCCGGAACGCCGUGCUCCAGGACGGGCGGAGCGGAGGACGUCGCGCCCGUGUCGUCCCCGUCCGACCUGGGGUGCUCGCGGGAGGGCGAGGACCGGCCGGGGGAGGCGGGGCGGGGGGACUGCAGGGGGGUGAGCCAGGACUCGGCCUACGCCCCCUCCAGCUUCCACUCCUACCUGGAGACGGAGGACGAGGGCGAGAGCUCCGACCGGGACGUCCUGCUCCGGAGCGCCGCCCGCCGAAAGAUCUCCGACGAGCCCUCCUCCGGCGCCAUGUCCCUGGAGGAGGAGGAGGAGGAGGAGGAAGAGGAGCACGGACUUCACUGACUUAAAUCCGCCCCCUUCUCCCCCCCAUUCUGAUUUUUUUGGGGGGAUCCUCUGAUCUCUCCAUUCCUCUUCAAAUCAGAGACACACACCGCCCCC